CUCUCACUCACACGGUGACGCCACACCCACCCUUCACCUCAAAGCCGAUUCCUUGAAUCACGGAACACGGCCUCAUCGGUGUCAUUCAACUAUUUAUGGUUCGUGCAUAUGUACGGGCGCGCGCGUACGUGCACACGGUGGGUAGGUCUCCGAGGUAGGUCCUAUUUAUUCAGAUUCAUUCGCAGAUUUACAUAGACUACAAUAUUCCCGUGGACUUGAGGAAGGGCUGGCUGGGUGUUGCAGAGAUAUCAGGAGAGGUUGGAGGGAUGAAUGUGUUAGUGAUAGUGAUAAUGGGACUGUGGGCAGGAGGAGGCUGUGCAUACAAUCGACCACCGCCUCGUGAAACACUGUUCGUCCCUCAUGCGCAUUCUGAUACUCGGCCCCAACAGGUGCGGACACCAUCCCACUCCUCUUCACUGUUCUAAGUUUCUAUUUUAACUCUAUGGACUCAAUUAUCGAUCGGAGAAGCUAUUUGGGGCGUGUAACUCCUGGAGAUGAGAUCUGUGUUGGGAUUGGGAUGAUCUCUGUGGGUGGGGGAAGAUGUUAGUGUGGCGCAUCAGGUAGCCAGUGCGUCUCUCUUUGCCCAUCUUACUUAACGCUCACGUCACUUCCGCUUCUAGGCUUAGGCAGGCCUGCAAGUAGCACCACGUUCCCCCCCGCGUCAGAGCACUUAUUUUUCUCAAUCAUCAUCAAGAUAUUCGCAAGUUCUUUUUUCCUGUGGCACUGCUUGAUUGAGGUGCACAUAUCUGCGGUGGGGCAAGACAAGAUGAGGAUAUCAUGGAUUACAGAAACCCCGACUCCUGCAAAAGUGCAAUACGCCGCUUCCCCUGACGCCGACGGACCCUUUGCCGCUGGCACAACCUCUUCCUACCGUUAUUUCCUAUACGAGUCCGGUCAAAUUCACGAGGUAGUCAUUGGUCCUUUGAAACCCAACACCCUCUACCACUACCGGUUGGGUGAUUCUUCCCAAAAAUACAACUUCACCACUCCUCCCUCUCGAUUUCCCAUCAAAUUUGCAGUCGUAGGUGAUCUUGGACAGACAAAAUGGACCGCGUCGACGCUGCAACAUAUAGCUGAUUCAAACCAUGAUAUGCUGCUGCUACCUGGGGACCUGUCCUAUGCAGAUUAUGUACAGAGUCGAUGGGACUCCUUUGGUCGCCUGGUCGAGCCAUUGGCCAGCCAGCGUCCUUGGAUGGUCACUCAAGGCAAUCAUGAGGUCGAGAAGACCCCGAUCGUUCACCUCAAACCAUUCACUGCCUACAAUGCAAGGUGGAGAAUGCCAUUCGAGCAGAGCGGGUCUGAUUCUAACUUGUACUAUUCCUUCGAGGUUGCCGGCGUGCACGUCAUUAUGCUAGGCUCUUAUACCGACUUCGAUUCUGAUUCUGCACAGUACAAAUGGCUUGUGGGGGACUUGAAGAAGGUGGACAGGGAGAAGACACCUUGGAUAGUGGUGCUUGUUCACGCUCCUUGGUAUAACUCCAACACUGCUCAUCAGGGUGAGCCCGAAUCCUAUAAGAUGAAGGCGGCCAUGGAAGCUUUGCUUUAUGAAGCUCGCGUUGAUGUUGUUUUCGCAGGCCAUGUUCAUGCCUAUGAGCGAUUUACUAGAGUGUACAAAGACAAAGUUGACAGUUGCGGCCCAGUUCAUAUAACCAUUGGAGAUGGAGGAAACCGGGAAGGCCUCGCCACCAAGUUCGUGGAUCCCAACCCGGAGACGUCAAUCUUUAGGGAGGCCAGCUUUGGGCAUGGAAUAUUGGAGGUAGUGAACGCGACGCAUGCGUUGUGGACUUGGCAUAGGAAUGACGACGACGAGGCUGUUCCGUCUGACUCCGUCUGGUUCACAAGCCUCUUCACUGAACCUGCUUGCAAAGUUUAUUAAUAUUAUUCAGAUGUCUUGUCUGUUGGCGAAAAUACCAACCUGCUGGAAGCAUGAUUACGUAGUAAUAGUCAUUUUUACAUUCGCUUGUUAAUUUGUAGACAAUUUUGAGGGGUACAAGUAGUAUAUCAGUUGGGUGUUUGGGGUGUUCGCUGCUCUUUCUGCUAUUCUGGUCCUCUAAUGUCCAAAAUCUUGACUCCAAAUAAAGGGAAGGACUUCCCUAGAUGUUGAGUGAAGCUGAGGGGGGGUGGUUGAUGCAUACAUACUAUAUAUAGGUAUAUAUAAACUGAAGGGAGAUGCCUGUAGAGUAUGUUCUACUUUGUAGAUCUGGGAAAAAAACAGAUUAUUAACUUCAGGUCCGACGUUGCAUCGAGAAUGUAUAAUAAUCUUCAUUGGACUGAACUCCGACAUACACAGUCUCUCUCUUAUAAUAGAGAAAACAC